CAGAGAACAUCACUUCUCAACCACUUUAAGAAAAUAUUAGUUUCCAUUGCCGAUUAAGCCAUGGAUGAAACCGCGGUAAAAACCUCCUGGACUGCGAUAGUUUUGACCUGUCAAAACAAAACGAGUGCAAGUUUUCUCCAGACAGAACUUGAACUUCGUCAAAGUAAGGGAUUGAUUAGCAAAGAUACACUGGUGUUGGCUCUUGAGGACCCCAGAGGGGGUGUUGGAAGUGGUGGGGCUACGCUGAAUGCUUUGUUAGUUGUCACUGAGCAUCUUAGCGCUAAAGCUGGUUUUCAGAAGGGUGGGGAUUUUCCAUUUAGUCCUUGUGGAAGAUUCUUUAACACUCUACCUGCUAAACAUUCGGAAGAAUCAAAAGAGAAUCUGUACGAUGCUCUGGUGACAAACUUCGACUACAUGCUCCAUGUUAUCUCAGAGACGCUAUCGGCAAACGUCCCUGCGGGAGUGUGGAUUUGUAGUGCAGAUAUGCUUCCGUCCGUGGAUCCUCAAAAAAGAAUUGAUUGGAACAAGCUUUCAGAUGAAAUUAUCGUGAUUCUCUCUCAAGAAAAUGUGCAAUAUGCAAAGGAUCACGGGGUUGUGAAACUGGGAGAGGAGGGCAAAGUAAAAGAUAUAAUAUUUCGAGAAACUGAAGACGAAAUAAGAAAAUGGAGUCAGAUUUUGUUUGUGGUGAAAGAAGUGGUUCGUACGGACGCCGCAAUACUCGGUAUGAGACAAGCAGGGAUUAUCAGAGCCAGCUGAUGUUGAUGAGAAGCGCGAGAGCACAGCUCUGGAAAAGUCUCCGAGGAUUACAACUAAAAGGAGUUCUCAUUGAAAACGGAACCCUUGAUUACAUGAAGGCCUCUGGGGAAUGUUACAGGAGACAAAUGCUUAGCAGCACUAACCUGCUUAACUUCAGUGGAAAGUCAUUUGACUGCAAUAGACUCACGCAUGUAACCCCAUGUAUGAGUGACAGUUCUAGUGACUACGGUUCUUCUGUUGUAAUCAAUUCCAUCAUUGACGAUAGCAUCAUAAUAGGAAAGGAUUCAGUUGUGUCGCACUGUCACUUGAAGGGUGGUAUGCAGUUUGGAUGUGGGUCUAUCUUGAUUGGUCUUACCUCGAAAGACCUCGAGGACUUUUCUUUAUUUGGACUCAGUUUUCCAAGCGAUAUGUGUAUCAUACGCUGUCACAUAUCUCUCCCUGGUCUUGAUGUAAAGCAACAGACGGUUUUGGUUGCAUUUGGAGUUCAUGAUGAUUUACAGGUGCCAUAUAUGUCCCCUAACAGUACUUUCUGUAACACGCCUUGGAAGAACUUUUUUGACAGAGCCGGAAUAAGUUCUGAGGAAGUUUGGCUCGGAGUGCCAGAACAAGACAGAUGUCUUUGGAACGCGAAACUCUUCCCUGUUGUUUAUUUCAACCUCCACGACGAGAAAAGAGAUGUAGCGCCCACUGUCUUGGAACUUGUUAUACAAAUUCUGUUUUCCAGCUUUUCAACCGAAAAAAGUAGAACAGAUCCAAAUCAGAACCAGGUCAAGAGGUCAGAUACACAUGGUCUUCCAUCCGUUCUUGGAGAUCGUAUUUAUGGAUUUGAAGAAGUAAUUUUGAGGUGGCGCUCCUCAGUUCGGUUAUCACUGAAGGAAAUCAUGUCCUUGAUUGAUUCGUCAUCAGAGUUUGCAUGGAGAAAAAAACUAUGGUUUGAAAUUGGAAAAGCGCAAGUGAAUAACACAUUAAAAAACUGCACGAAUGAUUGCCUGCUGCCUUUUUUGAAGGGCUGUGUAAAAGAAGGUUUCGCGAAAGAUACUUUGGACAUUUUAGAUCAAGUUGCAUCCAGCGCCACCUCCCCAGGCGUGGUUGCACGGACCCUGGCCUGUAUUGCUGACGUGUUGGGAGUGAUGGCAGGAGAGAGGGCUGGACUAAGAAGUGGACCAGCCCGCAAUGAAUCCUGGGUGAAUGCGUUUGAUCUGCUCGAUAAAGGUGAUAUACCUGCGGGUGUGAAAGCUCUCGCAGAGGAGCGCUCGCGUUGGCUUGACAGACCUGAUUUACUGAUCCGAGCGGCUCGACAUUAUGAAGGAGCGGAACAGAUUCUGAGGAGAAGGGCCGUAUUCACAGCUAAACAGUUUUUUGUCACUGAGAAGUGCAAAUCCCUUCCCAUUGGUCGUUGGGUGAUAGCUGAGGCACCUGCCCGGGCUGAUUUAUCUGGCUGUUGGACUGACACUCCACCCAUAACGUAUGAACAUGGAGGAGCUGUACUAACUGUCGCCAUUAACCUAAACGGAAAGAAAGUAACUGGAGCCAGAGUUAGGAAAAUUCAGGAGUGUGAAGUAGUUCUUGUGAUUCACUCAGGAGAGCAUAGCGUCAAAGUUGUCUGCAGGGAAUUAUCAGACUUAGCAAAUUUCACCCAACCACAUGCACCAGGUGCCCUUCUAAAGGCAUGCAUUUGCUUUCUGGACAUUGUGACUCUUCCUUCAAGCGAAAAAUUAUCCGAACAGUUAUUCAGAAAAUACCAAGCUGGCUUUGAGCUCCACACCUGGUCAACCGCUCCUCAAGGGAGUGGGCUGGGCACAAGUAGCAUUUUGGCGGGAGUUAUCCUGGCGGCGCUUUUACGCUCGACUGGCUGCACAGCCAGCAUAGACUCACUGAUUCACGCCGUGAUGAUCGUAGAACAGAUGCUAACUACCGGCGGUGGCUGGCAAGAUAACGUUGGAGGACUGAUGCCUGGUUUUAACAUCGCUCGGUCCCAGGCCACCUUGCCUUUGAAAGUAGAAGUAGAGAAAUUAAAUCUUCCGCAAGCCACCAUCGAUGCCUUAGCAAAACGUUUGCUUUGUAUCUAUUCAGGAAAGCCUCGUCUUGCUAAGAAUUUAUUACAGGAUGUUGUCAGGAAUUGGUACGCAAGAUUUCCAAAGAUUACUGUAAACGCAGAUGAUUUGGUAAAAAAUGCAGAAGAGGCUGCUAAAGCUUUGAGGGGAGGAAAUAUUGAAAAGCUUGGCGAGUGUAUGAACUGCUAUAGGAAACAG